UUUUUAGCAAAACCAUAUCCUAUCACCGGAUGUUGAUUUUUCAUGGCGGUCGGUAAUAUUCAAAGAACGCAAAAGUCAUGUCCCAAAAAUUCAAACGUCCGUCCUCAGCAAGAAGACACAUUAAACUUGAAACAUUUUCAUCAUUUGUGAGUGGCGCAAGAUUGCGAAAAGUACAAGAGUUACUGAAGUCAGAUGAUGGGGACAACAAACCAGAUGCCAUUCUUUGCAUUGCAGGGAUAGACAGCCGAUAUCAUGAAGGCAGUACGGAGCUCAUUGAUUAUUUAUUGUUUGGAUUCUUUGAACGAAGAAAGGCAGAACUUGAACAGUCAGGAUAUGAGGAGGAAGUCAUAGAUGAUCUGAUAGUGUUGAUCAGAAGACAUGAGGUGGACAUUUAUUGUAACCCUGUCAACUAUCACUACCUGCUACCCUAUGUGGCCCACUGGACAAAUCUCAGGUUCCACUGUUUACUGGACACUGAGUAUGAGGAUGACGAGGCAGCGGAGGAAUUCAAGAUUCAGUCCUUUGUGGCCAUGAUGUUUGGUGUCAAAAAAGUUGGAAUCCCUCACAAUAUACUGGGUCAUCCUGCAAAAUUUGAUCACAUGAUGGUUGAAAAAUGGCCAAUCAUUCAAGCAUUUGCAUUAGAAGAUUAUAAAGGAGGUGGCUUUUUCACACUACAGAAAAAGGUAGUUGAUGUUGGUCCACAACUGUCAGAAGUCUACAGUCAAGUGGAUCCAUGCUCAUUGGAAGUUUUGCUCAUAGAGCAAAUGACACAGUUUGAAAGACAGUGGCAGACCCUUAUAGACAAUUUAGAUAUCAACAUAUCCACUGGUAUUGACAAACUUACAGAAGAAAAAGUGUGUGAGCCCCUGAGGAGCUACUACAAACAUGGAAGUGUAGGAUCGGAGGAUACAGGAGGCAAACAGCGACAACCCUUUGUGUUAUGUGGAACAAACAGUCGACGUAUAGUGAUUGAUGAUGUUCGGAGUUGCAGAAAAUCAGUCAAUUCUGAGAUUUCAAAGUGUGGAAUCGACAGUGAACCUGCAAAAUUCAUGGUUUGCCAUGGAAUAUCUCCCAGGGGCCCUUUGUGUUGUAUCAGAACAUACUUUUUAAAUGAAGAGACAAGCAGGACUAGAAUGGCUGUACAGAGUAAGGCGGGCAGUGAUAGCCAGGCAGACAUCAACCCACCGGUGGAAGACCAGGAUACUAAGAUGCUUGUAGACAUGUAUUCCAUUAUGGUGGACAGUGUAUUGGAGGGGAUUCAGCAUUACUCUAGAACACUCAGUGUUCAUAAGGCUCGUGCUCGUGUAGUGGAUCAAAUUUGUGAGGGUUGUCGUGCCUAUCCUGUGCUGGCCAAAUACAUCCAGAGAAAAUCUGACAUUGUGUUCACAAUAGAAGCUUAUGACCAAGAUGGCAGGAGUCACGCAGUAGAAGAGGGAACCCGCAGCCUCUUUUUGAAGUCUGCCAGUAUUUCUCUGUACGAUGUUCCCAGUACCCUAGUUCCAGGCAAAACCUUGGGCUCUCUUGUCUUCUCUGAAAUCUUCCAAGAUUCAGUCAUCUCAAUACAGAAAGAAGAUGGCACUCUAGAACUGAAUGGAGAGGCCCUAGUUCUGACAUCUCUCAUACCCAGAUACAAGGGCUGGCCUCUGAGAAGUAAGGCUGAUCCAUCUGAAGCUCUACACAGCCUUAACAAGUAUGGCCGCCUAAUGUUGCCAGGGGAGAUGGUGAGGGUCUGUACAGAUAAGAACCUGACCCACCCCGUCUCUACAGCUGAACUGUUUGCCUAUGAAGCAGCCAUAGUCCUCGUCUUUCAACGGUCCCUAGUUUUGUCCCUGGACAAAGAUAACAUUAAGUCCAUUAAAAUGUUUGUGGGAGACUCAUCGGAGAGACUAGUGGCUCUGAUGGUAGAGGUGUAUCCGUCCAAUAUCCCAGCAUUCCUCCAAUCGGAAGACCACAUCAUCUACAUAACCGUAGCCCCAAAGUCCAAGGCAAAGCUGAGCUUGUUUAAGGAAGUUUUACCAGAGUGGAAGUCAUAUGACAGUUUACCCCAUGUUGAUCUCGCCGAGAGUUAUCCACCAGCCUUUCAACAAACAGCUCAACAACUUCAGCUGGAGUUCAACAACGAGUUUCAUCCGUCCUCCCCAUAUCAUCACGUCCAAGGAAAAUUUUCAAACCUUGACAAAUUCAUGACUCAUUUUAGUGUUAGCAGUGUGACAUCACUUCCAACGACCUCAUUACCCAUCAUGCUUCAGGAGGCAGAGGAAGUAGCAACUAAUCCAUCAGAAAAUGUUGUCCCCAUUUCAAAUUUCCAUGGGAUCACUGUGACUAUACUAGGGGGUAUUCCGGGAAGCCAUAAGGAACAAUUGUGUGAUACUUUGUUGUACCUCACCGAGAGCCACAUAAGAUGGACAGUACUAAGGCAAACAGUUGGGGCUACUAAGUCAGUCUUGUUUGGAGAAUUACAGGGCACACUGUCCAAGAUGUGGAAUGCGAUGAGGCGACGACUCAGUGCUUCAGACACCAGUCACAGGCUCCUACUCGUCACUCCAGGGUAUACAGAUAUUAAGGAUGUGAUCAGUGCCAUCUUAAACCACCCAAAUCCUGACGUGCAGUCUCAUGUCCGCAUUGGUUCUGUCACAGUAUGCAUAGACCCUUUCAUUUCAUUCAUUGAGCACAGGUUAACAUAUCCAAAUCUGCUGAACCAAUGUAAUCAAGGCUUUGUGAACAAUAUUUUGAUUACCUCUGCUACCUCCAUACAACAGAACUCUAGUCUAGAAGAAAUCCAGAACCUUUUACGCAGUGUGAACUCAGACGUUGCUUUCUUUCUUGCUGAAAAGGGGAAUGUUAAAAGAAGUAUGGAUGUUGAUGCCAUUUUGUCCGAAACAGCAUUUAUGGAGAACAAAAAAGUCAGAGCCAGAGAAAUGUUGUGUCCAGGCUGGUCUCUAGGACUGUACAAGACACCAUCUUCUUUGUCCUUUACGAUGGAGGACACUGAGGUGACGUUCUCACAGCCUCUCGUAAGGAACACCUUCAUCAACAAGCUCAGAGGACUGAAAGGCCAGAUAACCCAUUACCCAUUCUCAGGCAAUAUCUUUGUGGUGCAUGGAUAUGCCACUUUUACAGAUUCUGAAGGUUUGAUGGAUGUCCAAUACAUUGUAACAUCUGACCAACUGAGUGUGAACAAACACGCAAAUAAAAGUGUCGCUAAUGGUGAUGGUCUUCACCUGUCACGUAAGAAGCAUUGUCUGGUGUUCACGGGGCAUCAGUUACAGAUCAACCAGGUCAAAGACUGGUUGCGGACCUGUGGGAGACAGAAACCAGAAUUGAAGAAACCAAUAUCCAAGAAAGACCUAACUAAGGAGGAAAUCAAGAAGAUUCAUAAACAGCAUCAUUUGGACCCAUUACCAGCUGGAUGGUUCUACAAUGGAACUCAGUUUGUCAGCUUUGAUGGAGAAAAACAGGACCUUCAUCCAAGUUUAGAGACUUUUAUCCAGGAGUACAUUGACGAAAAGAACAAAGAGAUCACAGAGUUCAACAAUGAAGUGAGGAAUAGUGCCGGCCAGUUUGUGGAUCUGUUUGCGUGAACUCGUCACAAAAAAUCUACCAUGUGUUCCCAGAGAGUGGAUGUCUGUGAUGGAAGAUGGAGAUCUGUGCUGAUUUUUGUUGUUUUCGUUAAAAUGAAGAGUGUGAUAUUUCUAAAUGAUUAAAGUGCUUUAUGUGAAUGCGAGAUUUCAUGUGUAUAUGUACAUAAACAUGUGCUUGUAUAUUUUGCUAAUUUAUUUACUGUUGUCAUAUUUUCCACAUUUUUUUGUUUUUGUAGAAGUUGAUAUCUCAUUUAUCUGGUUUCUGUCAGGAAAAAGCCUUGGUCUGUCUCUAUGUGAAUUAAACAAUCUUUUAAACAUAUUCAUAUCUAUUGGGUAAAGUGAAAACAUGCAUUGUUUGGUGCAAAAAAGUGAUGAAUUCCAGAGUUAUAUUUUUAAUUUCCGUCCAAAAAAAGUGGUUGUAUAUUUUUUUUAUAUGAUAUUUUACUAUAUCUACAUGAACAUUCCUGUGUACACAUUAUUUGGAAACUGCUGUAUAUGGUUUCAAUCGUGUGUAUAUGCAGCAUAUUGGAGAUUCCAGUACUUAAAGGGUUUGUGAUAUAACUGAUAUUUUGCCAAUCUUUUGUUCAAUGAAUAUGCAAUUGGUUUAUUCAAUAGACCAACUUGAUUUAUUGCUGUAUGCUAUUUAAUGAAUGCUUUAUAUAUAUAUUUUCACAUUAUUGUAGUAUAGCCUAAUUCAUAAUGAUUUGUUCUUGUUUGUUUACAAGUUGCAUAAUUUUCAAGUUCAAUUAAUUGAAAAUGACUUUAAGGAUUGGUUGGAAUAUGAAGUGUAAACUUACUUCAAUUAUUUGUUUGUUUUGAGUGAAUAAAAUGCACAAAAAUUG